CCUAUAAAUUUGGUCCUUUUAACGUUAUUUUACGUACUCAACAUACAUUACUUUUGAAAAAAUUGUAACGACAAGUAUUAUGGGUAUCAUAUCAACGAAGUGGCUAUUUGUAGUUUCAGUUUUAAUAGUUAUCUCAUUCUUAGAGCUCACUAAUGGAGAGGAAUUCAGUGAUGAAUAUUCAUCUCAUGAUGUAGCUCUUCAUGAAUCUUUAAGAUCUAGAUUUAAGCCUCCGACUCCACAACGACAUCGAUAUCGACCUCGUCAUCCCCCUACUCCUCGCCCUAAGAGGCCAUCACCUUUUCCGCCACCAGUUCAGCCUCUACAUCAUCCCCCUACUCCUCGGACUAAGAGGCAACCACCUUCUUCGCCAGUUCUUCCGCCACCAGUUCAGCCUCGACAUCGUACCCCUACUCCUCGGACUAAGAGGCCACCACCUUCUCCGCCAGUUCUUCCGCCACCAGUUCAGCCUCGACAUCGUCCCCCUACUCCUCGGACUAAGAAACAACCACCUUCUCCGCCAGUUCUUCCGCCACCAGUUGAGGAUCCACCAAUGAUUCCGCCACCAGUGAUUCCGCCAAAAGGUGAGGAUCCACCAGUGCUUCCGCCACCAGGUGAGGAGCCACCAGUGAUGCCUCCACAAGGUGAGGAUCCACCAGCGCUUCCGCCACCAGGUGAGGAGCCACCAGUGAUGCCUCCACAAGGUGAGGAUCCACCAGCGCUUCCGCCACUAAGUGAGGAGCCACCAGUGAUUCCAUCGCCACCAGUGCUUCCGCCACAAGGUGAGGAUCCACCAGUGCUUCCGCCACUAGGUGAUGAGCCACCAGUGAUGCCGCCACUAGGUGAGGAGCCACCAGUGAUUCCACCACCACCAGUGCUUCCGCCACAAGGUGAGGAGCCACCAGUGAUGCCGCCACAAGGUGAUGAGCCUCCAAUGCUUCCCACCAUGUCGCUGCGAAUAUAUCCUCCCAGUAGCCCUUCACCGUCACCGCCAUCUCCUCCACCAGCGUUACCAACUCCUCAAACAUCACUCUUAAGUAGUAUGGCAGGGAAAGGCGUGCUAAUACAUUACCUUUUAGUUUUACUACUCUCUUCAUUCACCCAUGUAAAAGGCUUUGACUUGGGUGAUAUAUUUUUCCCCCCAAUUCAUGAUUUACCUUUCGAUUUUUAUUUAGGACAAACUCCAUGGGACAACAAGCCAUCACCAUCACCACCACCGCCGUGUCAACAGUCACCACCACCACCGUCAACAGACCCAUCCAUUUUUAUUCCUCCUGUUUUAAUCCCCCCUAUUGAUAAAUCUCCUCUAAUUGCUCCUCUAAUGCCCAUCGUCUCAUCUAUUAUUAACCCAACGACGCCACCAUCACAAUCAUCACCAUCAGUUGAUAAGUCACCACCUUCACCUUCCCAAUGUAAGCCAUCACAACCUAUUAAGCUAACACCACCUCCACCAGCAAAACAACCACCACCAGCAAAACAACCACCAGCAAGACAACCAACUCCACCACCAGUUAAGCCACCAUCUCCAUCACGACCACCGCCACCACCUUCUAAGAAAUCGCCUCCACCAGCUCCUCCUCCGUCAAUAGCUAAUCCACCAGUAAUGGCACCAGCUCCAUCACCAUCUCCUCAUCCACCUGUAAUAAUAGCCCCAGUUCCAUCCUCACCAUAAGCGAAACCACCUGUUAUUCCACGCGGACCAUCUCUUCCUCCCGUCACAACUCUAACGGUGAAUGGAGUUGUUUACUGUAAACCCUGCAAUAGCUAUGGAGUUCCCAAUCUCCUCAACGCUAUCCCAAUCCAAGGAGCUUCUGCGAGACUCGUUUGCUACAACGGGAAGAAUGCAAUGGUUCAAUCAGCCAUAACAGACAAGAAUGGUGAGUUUCGAAUAACGCCCAAAUCGUUAAUGGGAGCAGAUAUCGGCAAGUGCAAGGUAUACUUAGUGAAAUCACCAAAUCCUACUUGUAAUGUACCGACAAACUUCAAUGGAGGAAAAACAGGUGCUCUAUUGCAACAUGUCGUACCUCCUAAGCCACCGAUUGUUACCGCUGCAGUGGUACAACCACCCAUGUCUGAUUUAUAUGGUGUUGGACCUUUUAUUUUUGAAGCAUCAAGCAAAAUACCAUGUGCUAUGCAUAGAAAAUUAUAACAGCAUUGUUCACAGAAAACAUAGGCUAAUAGUAUUAUUGAACUAAGUAAAAAAUACACGAUUCCUCUAUCAGUCCCAUUUUAUGGGAUGCGGUUACAGAAAAAUAAAUAAGUUUAAGGGCAUUGAGCUAUGACAAAUAAUUUUUUUCUUU